AUGGCAGACUACAAGGCGGCUAAAGAGGCAUUUGUCUCUGACAAUCUCGGCGCCUCCGUUUCGAGCAUCAACGCCGUCAGCCUGCCUGCGCUGGCCACAUAUGCCAUCUGGAUCACACUUUCGCCACACCCCACCCGAUCCGGGUUUGCCUCGAAUUACCUUCUGAAUGCCCUGCCAAUCCUCCUCGGCGUCACCGUCUUCGCUACAUCUCCUAUAAUCUACACCUGUGCUUUGAUACUACUCGCACUCCUAUUUCACACCAAAUCCCAGUCAUCCCUAAAGCAGAGCACAAAGCAGCUCAAGUCGAAGGGCCAAUGGCUGGAUGAAUCCGACUCGGAUGAAGAGGCCGCCGAGCCUGCUUCGGCAAGCGGCUCGACUACAGUCUCGCCAGUGAGGCUUCCUUCCCAAGUCGCCUUCUCAUCAGGCGUUCUACUAUCGCCAGAGUCUGCGCCUCCCAUAUCGCCUGGAUUCCCGGCUGGCUCAGCUCAGGAAGAUCCUCUAGGGAUUAUGGGGGUCAACAGGAGACGAUCUCUGCAGCCGGGCGGAGAAGGGUACGCAUUCGACCCUCUUUUGAAGGGGCGGAUAUCGCCAGUACCUCUACGCCUUGGCAAACCUCGGAAGAGAAAGGUGGAGGAGAAGGAGGAAACGGGAGCGAAAACGAGACUGCCAUUCUUGACGGUCUAUCGGGCGCAUAUGAUGCUCAUGACGGUUAUCUGUAUCUUGGCGGUGGACUUUGAGGUGUUUCCAAGGUGGCAGGGCAAGUGCGAGCAAUUUGGAACUAGUCUGAUGGACGUGGGCGUCGGAUCCUUCGUCUUCUCCCUAGGCCUCAUCUCCACCAAAACACUCUCACCUCCCCCACCUGCUCCCCUCCCCACUUCCCCGGCUAUGAACUCCUUCGCCUUGAACACCACUCCCUCUUCCAUGACCUCCAUCAUCACCUCUCUCCGCAAAUCAGCUCCCAUCCUCGUUCUGGGCUUCCUCAGGCUCAUCAUGGUCAAGGGAAGCGACUAUCCCGAGCAUGUCACCGAGUACGGAGUCCACUGGAACUUCUUCUUCACUCUGGCUCUCGUACCUGUGCUUGCUGUGGGAGUGAGGCCUUUGACUCGAUGGCUCAAGUGGAGCUGGAUCGGUGUGAUUGUGUCGUUGUCGCAUCAAGCGGUACUGCAUCACUAUGUCCAGGACUUUGUACUCUCCCCCGUCCGUUCAAACCUUCUUCUCGCCAACAAAGAAGGCCUAGCUUCUCUCCCUGGAUACCUCGCCAUUUUUCUCCUUGGUCUUGCCACUGGCGACCACGUCCUGCGGUUAUCGCUGCCUCCUCGAGGAAGGACAGUGUCGGAGAAUGAAGAAGAACAUGAACAGAGUCACAUGGAGAGAAAGACUCUGGACUUGAUCAUGGAGCUGGUCGGAUACAGUGUUGGAUGGUGGUCCCUGUUAGUACUCUGGCUGUUUGCAGGAGGCGAAGUCUCACGUCAAAUGGCUAAUACACCAUACGUCCUCUGGGUAGCAGCCUACAACACCUCCUUCCUCCUCGGCUAUCUCCUUCUCUCCCACUUCCUCCCCACCCAACCUACAUCCUCAAGCUCCAGCUCCCCUUCAUCCGUCCCGCCCUUGCUCGAAGCAAUGAACAAGAACAGCUUGGUCAUCUUUCUCGUUGCCAAUCUCUUGACGGGGCUGGUGAAUGUGACGAUGGAGACGAUGUAUGUGGGCAAGUGGGUGGCGAUGGGGGUGUUGGGGGUGUAUACUGCGGGGGUGGCGUGGGUUGGGUGGGCGUUGAAGGGGAAAAGGGUUCAGUUGACGUGA